UUUGAUUUUCCCUGUUUUUCUUUUUUUUUUAUUUAUUUCUUAUCUUUUUUUUCCUUUCUUAGCAACCUGCCGCUAUUAUCGCGCCAAUCCUAGACUACAGCAUGGAGUUUAUUCGUGCAGAAAUUCUGGGUACUACGUUCGAAACCACGAGCAGAUAUGCAAAUGUGCAACCCGUCGGUUUGGGUGCGUUCGGGCUUGUGUGUUCCGCAUAUGAUCAGAUCACGCAGCAACAUGUCGCCGUCAAAAAGAUGAUGAACCCCUUCGCCAACUCGGCCAUUGCGAAGCGUACGUAUAGAGAGGUCAAACUUCUGAAACAGUUGCGCCAUGAAAAUCUUAUUGGCUUGUGCGAUAUCUUUAUCUCUCCACUGGAAGACAUAUACCUAGUGACGGAACUUCUGGGGGCUGAUCUCAGCCGGCUCCUAGGAGCAAGGCCUCUCGACAAUAAAUUUGCUCAGUACUUCAUGUACCAGAUUAUGCGCGGACUGAAAUACAUCCACUCUGCCGGCGUCAUACACCGUGAUCUGAAACCAAGCAAUCUCCUUGUCAAUGAGAACUGUGAUCUGAAGAUCUGCGAUUUUGGUCUUGCCCGAGUACAGGAACCUCAUAUGACGGGCUACGUCUCAACGAGAUACUACCGAGCACCCGAGAUUAUGCUGACAUGGCAGAGGUACGAUAAUAUGGUGGAUAUCUGGAGUGCAGGCUGUAUCCUCGCCGAGAUGCUUCGAGGGAAGCCGCUGUUUCCAGGGAAAGACCAUAUUAACCAGUUCUACUUGAUCACUGAAAUUCUUGGUCACCCACCCCCAGAGGUAGUUCAGAAGGUAACAAGUGGCAAUACUCAGCGAGUUGUCAAUUCACUACCGAGACGGGAGCCACGUCCACUGAAGGAAGUGUUCGAAGGAUAUGAUAGUGAUGCCAUCAGCCUCCUCGAACAGCUGCUUUUGUUCGAUUCAGACAAGAGACUAACCGCCGAGAACGCUUUGAAGCACUCCUAUCUUGCUGCUUACCAUGAUCCCGAUGACGAGCCUGUGGCUACAGAGAGAUUCGACUGGUCGUUCAAUGAUGUGGACCUUCCUCCAGAGACAUGGAAACUUAUGAUAUAUUCCGAAGUCCUCGAUUAUCACAGCAUCGGCUCAGCUGGAGCACUAGAUGUAGGGUCGACAAUGGAAGAAACAUCUUUCGACCCUGCUUUCGACUUUCUUCGUACCGACAUAUGAGGCUCGCCGCGAAUCGAGAAUACACGCAAUGAUCUAAGCUCGCCACUCAAUACAGAGGGAAAAGACAAAGGGAUAUUACAGAUGUAUCUUUUCCCGCGCAUCAC